AUGGAGAAAGCUACAGAAAGACAGAAGAUUUUGCUUCGUCAUCUCAAUCCACUUUCUUCUUCUCCUUCUUUACUUCCUCUUAUUACUGAUAAACCUACUCUUGUCUCUGCUGUGAACUGUGCUGCUGAGCUUUCACCAAUGGCUGCUUUUGGAGACGACGUUGUGAUCGUUGCGGCGUAUCGCACUGCUAUCUGCAAAGCUAAACGUGGAGGAUUCAAAGAUACUCUUCCAGAUGAUCUUCUAGCUUCUGUACUCAAGGCUGUGGUUGAAAGAACAUCUUUGGAUCCAAGUGAAGUUGGGGAUAUAGUUGUUGGUACUGUGAUAGCUCCUGGUUCUCAGAGAGCCAUGGAGUGUAGAGUAGCUGCUUACUUUGCUGGCUUUCCUGACUCUGUGCCGAUUAGAACUGUCAACAGACAAUGCUCAUCAGGACUACAAGCAGUUGCUGAUGUUGCUGCUUCCAUCAGAGCUGGAUAUUACGAAAUUGGUAUUGGAGCUGGAGUGGAGUCAAUGUCCAUUGAUCAUACUGCUGGAGGCGGCUUUCACUCCACAAACCCAAGAGCACAAGAGUUUCCUGGAGCUCGUGACUGCUUGCUUCCAAUGGGAAUCACUUCUGAAAACGUUGCAGAAAGAUUCGGUGUCACAAGAGAAGAGCAAGACAUGGCUGCGGUGGAGUCUCACAAGCGUGCAGCAGCUGCAAAUGCGUCAGGGAAACUCAAGGAUGAGAUAGUUCCUGUUGCUACUAAGAUUGUUGACCCGGUGACAAAAGCAGAGAAGCCUAUUGUUGUUUCUGUGGAUGAUGGUGUACGUCCAAACUCAAACAUGGUGGAUUUGGCAAAGCUGAAGACAGUCUUUAAACCUGAUGGCUCCACCACAGCAGUAGGUAAUGCAAGUCAAAUUAGUGAUGGUGCUGGAGCUGUACUGUUGAUGAAGAGGAGCUUGGCGAUGAAGAAGGGACUUCCCAUUCUUGGAGUAUUCAGGAGCUUUGCUGUUACUGGUGUGGAUCCGGCUGUAAUGGGUAUCGGUCCAGCUUAUGCCAUUCCUGCUGCAGCCAACCUUGCAGGACUUAAAGUUAGUGAUAUCGAUCUGUUUGAGAUCAAUGAGGCAUUUGCAUCUCAGUAUGUGUACUGUUGCAAGAAGCUAGAGCUGGAUGUGGAAAAGGUCAAUGUUAAUGGAGGAGCGAUUGCUAUUGGCCAUCCUCUUGGUGCUACAGGAGCUCGGUGUGUUGCAACAUUGUUGCAUGAGAUGAAACGGAGAGGGAAAGACUGCCGUUUUGGAGUGAUUUCAAUGUGCAUAGGCACAGGUAUGGGAGCUGCAGCAGUUUUUGAGAGAGGAGACUCUGUUGAUGACUUAUCCAAUGCCCGUGUUGCUAAUGGGAGUGGUCACUAG